AUGAAUCGAAAUCCAGUUUUGGAUCCUACCCUUCAAGAAAUUCUUCAAGUCAUUAAACCCACAAGAGCAGAUUGGGAUACGAGAAUCAGCGUCAUUGAUCAGUUGCGUAGUACUGUACAAUCCGUAGAAGGCUUAAGAGGUGCUACUGUUCAACCAUUUGGAUCCUUUGUGUCAAAUCUCUUCACACGAUGGGGAGAUUUAGAUAUCUCUGUAGACUUAUUCAGCGGUUCGUCCAUCUUGUUCACUGGGAAGAAGCAUAAACAGACUUUACUUGGAAUGUUACUUCGAGCACUGAGAGCCUCAGGUGCAUGGUACAGACUGCAAUUUGUUAUCCAUGCGCGGGUUCCAAUUCUGAAGAUCGUGAGCGGCCACCAGAGAAUUUCUUGUGACAUUUCUAUUGAUAAUCUGGAAGGGCUAUUGAAGAGCAGGUUCUUGUUCUGGAUCAGCGAGAUUGAUGGGAGAUUCCGCGACUUGGUUUUGCUAGUGAAGGAAUGGGCCAAAGCUCAUGACAUCAACAAUCCGAAGAAUGGGACUUUCAACUCUUACUCUCUCAGUUUGUUAGUCAUCUUCCAUCUUCAGACAUGCGUACCUGCGAUUUUGCCGCCUCUAGGAGAGAUAUAUCCGAGGAGUGCUGUUGAUGAUCUGAAAGGUGUGAGAAAAACUGCAGAGGAAAGCAUAGCGCAACUUUCUGCUGCUAAUAUAGCGAGAUUCAAAUCAGGCGCAUCAAGAUCAGUCAAUCGAAGCUCUCUCUCUGAGCUUUUGGUCUCGUUUUUUGCAAAGUUUUCAGACAUAAACUUGAAGGCGAGAGAGCUCGGUGUUUGUCCGUUUAAUGGAAGAUGGGAGAACAUAAGUAACAACACUAGAUGGCUGCCUAAGACAUACUCACUCUUUGUUGAAGAUCCAUUUGAGCAACCAGAGAACGCAGCAAGGAGUGUGAGCCGUAAAAACCUGGACAGAAUAGCAGAAGUGUUUGAGAUGACAUCGCGGCGUCUUGCCUCAGAUUGUAACAGAGACUCCAUCGUUGUGGCUCUAACAUUGCCACAAAUUUCACAGUCUUUGUGCAGAACAACAAGCGUCCACAACCAUCAUGGAAACGGUAAUGCUCAUAACCUGCGUGGUCAUCAGUCUAGGCCAUGGAGCCAGCAGAACAAUAUCCAGAAUCCGCCAUAUUGGCCAGCACCAGCACGGUCCCGACCGCCGCAACAGAACUGGUCUCAGCACAACACCUGGUACCCGCAGAGACAACAAACACCUAUCCAAGGGCAAACCACACAAGCUCAGUCGCAGCAGAAAAGUCAAUAUAAGAACGGAGUACGACCAGUGAGAACCACAUCAUCUGCAGGUUCAAGUCAGAAUCAGGGUCACAUUGGUAAGCCAUCAGGUCAAGUUAAUGGCGUGAGACCUGCUGCACCAAUAAGUCAAAGUCAACGUGGACAGAUGUGGAGGCCAAGACCCUCCUAA